AUGCCACUUCCCAUCAAAGAAAUCCUAUUGGGGAAAAACCCUUUCAGUCUGAAAGCCCAUCAAAGAAUUCAUACAGGGGAGAAACCAUUUCAGUGUCAGGAAUGUGGGAAGAACUUGUCCAGGAAGGAUAGUCUCACUUCUCACCUCAGAAUUCAUACGGGGGAGAAACCAUAUCAGUGUCUGGAAUGUGAGAAGUUCUUUACUACAAGAGGAAACUUACGUAAACACAAGAGAAUACACAGUGGGGAGAAACCAUAUCUGUGCUUGCAAUGUGGAAAGAGCUUCAGUCAGACGGCACGUCUCACUUCCCAUCAAACAACUCAUGCAGAGGAGAAAUCAUAUCAGUGCUUGGAGUGUGGGAAGAUCUUCAGUCAGAGCUCCUAUCUCACUUCCCAUCAGAGAAUUCACACUGGGGAGAAACCAUUUCAAUGCCAAGAGUGUGGAAAGAGGUUCAGAUGGAGAGCCCAAUGCACUACCCAUGAAAGAAUUCAUACGGGGGAGAAACCAUUUCAGUGUUUGGAAUGUGAGAAGUUCUUUACUACAAGAAGAGACUUGCAAAAACAUAAGAGAAUUCACACUGGGGAGAAACCAUAUCACUGCUUGGAGUGUGGGAAGAGAUUCAGUCGGAACGACCAUCUAACUUCCCAUCAAAUAAUUCAUACAGGGGAGAAACCAUUUCAGUGUCUGGAAUGUGGGAAGAAUUUCAUUCGGAGGUCAUGUCUCACUUCCCAUGAAAGAAUUCAUACAGGGGAGAAACCAUAUAAGUGCUUGGAAUGUGGGGAGACUUUUGCUACAAGUAAAUACUUCCGUCGACAUCAGAGUAUUCACAGUGGAGAGAAACCAUACCAGUGCGUGGAAUGUGGAAAGAGCUUCUCCAGGAAGGACAAUCUCACUUCUCACCUCAGAAUUCAUACAGGGGAGAAACCAUUUCAGUGCCUGGAAUGUGAGAAGUGCUUUACUACAAGAAGUAUCUUCCAUCAACACAAGAGAAUUCACACUGGUGAGAAACCAUAUCAGUGCUUGGAAUGUGGAAAGAGCUUCAGUCAGAGGGCCAAUCUCAAUUCCCACAAAAGGAUUCAUACAGGGGAGAAACCAUUUCAGUGCUUAGAAUGCAAGAAGAGGUUUACUACAAACAGGCAAUUACAUAGACACCAAAGAAUUCACACUGAGGAGCAACCAUUUCAGUGCCAAGAGUGUGGAAAGAGCUUCAGUUGCAGGUCUCAUCUUACUUCCCACCAAAGAAUUCAUACGACGAAGAAACUCGAAUAG